UGGCGGGUCCAGAUGUUGAGAGGAGCCCGGCGGACGCCGCUGAACCUGAGGCGACUCCUGCGCCCAUGGAGGGGCUGCAGCUGGUACAGCAGGGGGCCGAGGCGCGGCUCUAUCGGGGCCAAUUCCUUGGCCGCCCAGCCGUGAUGAAGCUCCGUUUCCCCAAGCGCUAUCGGCACCCGCUGCUGGAGGAACGGCUGAGCCGGAGGCGGACGGCGCAAGAGGCCCGCUCGCUGCUCCGCUGUCGACGGGCAGGAAUUUCUGCUCCCAUUGUAUACUUCGUCGACUAUGUUUCCAACUGUAUAUAUCUUGAAGAUAUUGUGGGAUCGACUACCGUCCGGGACUAUAUAAUCUCUGAACAGCAAUCUGGGAAAGGUGCCAACAAUCUUACUUUGUUAGCAGAGAAGAUUGGUGAGAUUUUGGCACGAAUGCACGAUGAGGAUCUUGUACAUGGGGAUCUCACAACUUCUAAUAUGCUUUUGCAACCUCCAGCAGAAAAGCUGGAGCUGGUGUUAAUAGAUUUUGGACUGAGCUUUAUUUCUGCUCUUCCUGAGGAUAAGGGUGUUGAUUUGUAUGUCUUGGAGAAAGCCUUUUUGAGUACCCACCCAAAUACAGAGGCUCUGUUUGAAGUGCUCUUGAAGAAGUACUCAGCUGCAUCUAAAAAAUCAGUCCCAGUAAUUAAAAAACUGGAUGAAGUACGGCUAAGAGGAAGAAAGAGAUCCAUGGUUGGAUAAAAGAAUGCAAACAGCAUGCAAGAGAAAGGGAGAGAUGUUUAACUUUGUAUGUCCUUUGAAUAUUUUCAGUUAUGUCAGAUUAUAAAAUAAAUGUCAGCUGUUGACAUUGUAUUAUCUUUAUACAAUAAAGCUGUUCGUGGUUUUA